AUGGUCGCAUUUGCUGCUUGUAGACGAUCCUUGUCUGGUGCAAGCGCGUUGGCAUACGAUCUUGCAAUCGAGAUUCUUCAGAAAAAAGAAAAUGAAAUUAAACAGAAGCUUGUGUUGCACUCGAAGGACCAUAGGAUGCGGGAUCAGCUUGUGUUAGCGGAUCCCCGGCUGUUGUCGGAUUGGAACUUGAAUAAGAUCGAGCUGAAAAUCCCAAAGUUUUGCGAAAUGAGCAAUUAUGAAUGGGUUAGAAACCAAGGCCCUCAAGUUACUAGAUUACAAGCCAAAAUAAACAAGCUCAUUCCUGAUAUUCUUCCUGAUGAAUCGGAGGCCAUGUUGAAUAUGGCAUGCACCUUUGCUGACAAUUGUGCUAAAGCGCCUGUGGUUCGGUUUUCGACCCUAUCCACGGCCUCCUAUACGCCGCCAAAUCCGUGGUACUCUUUUAUCUUUCUUGAUUGUGAUUAUCCAAAGCCCUCAAAUGAUAAAAAGUUGCACCAAAUGGCACUUUGGAUGGUCGCUAACUUGAACGGUCCUCCGCAGAAGGAGGUUGAGGGCUCUUUCCCUUUGAAGAUGGAAGCCCCAUAUGUUAUAAAUGACCAGUCGCCCAAUCAGAUCCUGCCGUAUCUUCCUCCCCAUCCGGCCAGGGGAAUUGGGCUUUCCAGAUAUGCUUGUGUGCUACUUUCUCAUUCCAAAGAAAUAGCCCCAGACCCACAAAUAUUAUUGGAAUGCUCUGAAAGCGAUUUUUCGAAUCCAGAAAAUAGAAUAUUCAAUCUCACCAAGUUGAUUAAGAACCAUGAUCUGCAUGUUGCUUCCUUUUCAUGGUUUACAUCCACCUGGACUAAAUUCGUCUCCGAACUUUACACAGCCGGUCGACCUCUUCAUGGAUUGAAACAAUUCGUUUAUGGGAUCGAAUCUAGGGACAAAAUAUACGACAUUCCCCCCUAUAGAUUUCAACACAUAUGA